AUGUUAGUCACUUUGCUCGGUCGUUCUAAUGUCGGCAAGUCGUCCCUGUUUAAUGCGUUGGCAGCAAGGAACACCUUGGUUCCGAGUUUCAUGAAGUCCAUUGUGUCCGACAAGCCCGGGACCACGCGAAAUGCGAAACAUGGGCAAAUAUACAUAAAAGGUAGACGGAUAACCCUGGUUGACACGGGUGGCAUCGACUCUCUCUUUUCACGGCCAACCGCCGGUUCUAGUGCAUACAACAGAGAUCAUAAAACUGUGGACAUUGAAGAAAACGCCUUAAGAACAGCUGAAAAGUCAGAUGUCGUGCUAUUUGUUGUCGAUGGCCAAGAAGGAGUAACGCCUCUAGAUAUGAAAAUCGCUCGGAAACUACAGACUUUGUCCGAGAAGACGCCUAAAAGCUUCAUUUUGAAGUUAAUACUCAACAAGCUAGAUUGUGAAGGUACUGAAGAGUAUUACGAGACCCUGAGUAAAUGCUUGUCGGAUUGUUACUCCCUUGGGUUGGGAGACCCAGUCUUAGUGAGCGCAGACAACCGAAAUAACGCCCAAAACGUACGAGACACUCUCGCCAGAAUAUUGGAUUUAUCGUGCGACAGUAGAAUUCGUGAUAUGGAACAGUUGGCGCUACUCAACGCCGUCCCUGGCUUUUACUCUGACUAUCAGAGUCAAGAUACUGCCGGUUGUCCGUAUGAUGUUGAAAUUAAUAAAUCUAUACGUGUUUGCUCUACUGUUAACAACGCAUUAAAUCUGAAUGAACGAUGGAUCAGACAUCUAGGUAAUGUCUGCGAUUCGUUACCCUUCUCCGUUGCAGCUGAUGGGGGAUAUGUCAUACCCUCUGCCUUAUCGCCAGGGGAAAUGUUGGCCAGAAUGUACAUUCCUAAAGCAAGGAAAGAUUUUGAAGAUCUGGAGAAUGAACAGCAAAGUAAGUCAGUGGCAUUUUGUGCCCCUGAAACGGAAGAAAUAAAGUCGAAGGGUAACAAAACUUACGUAACGCCAAACAAGAUUCGACCGAUACGCAUAGUAUUGUUAGGAAGUGUUGGAGGUUGUCAAGCAAAGCUGGCUGACUUCCUGUCAGAUUGUAGAAGCGAUACUGGCGUAAGCUCCAGCUUUCUUAAUGAACCUUUAUCUCCAAAUUGGCACCAGUUCAAUGGUGAAUGGACUCGUCAAGAUACGGAACACGAUAUAGUUCAACCCGUGGAAAUCUACAUGACGGCGGCACUGAACUUGGGAGGUAGUAUAGGGAAAAUUGCAUCUAUCCAAACGCUGAAUUUGAUGCGCAGGGCAGACGUUGCAAUAAUGUGCUGCGGAAACACAGACGAACGUAAGCCAUGGGAAGUAACACUAACCAAACAGGAAACUUCAUGGAUGGCCCGCCUCUUCCGCCUACACAAACCAGCAGUUAUUGUGGCCCCAGUUACGCAGUCACUGAAAAGGAAAAUGGUACUUGAUAUGUUCCCAAGAAGUCAUGAAUUUGCAUCUAUACCCAUACAUUCCCUUCUUCUUUCAGACUCAGAUCUGGACGCCACUCACGGAAAUAUGCCCUUGGAGAUUCAAAAUAGAGCGCUCAGAAACCUCAAAAGGGGUAUCAUAUCUCUAAUAGAUAGAGCCGGUAAGGUGAUCGAAACAAACGUAUUGAACAAAUGGUUGCGAAGCUUCCUGGAAAAGUGGCCGCCACCUUGGCACGAUGGUGCGAAGGUGAACGUGAAGUUCGCAGCUCAAGAAAACGCAAACCCUCCUACAUUCGUUAUUUGGUCGAAUGUUUGCGGUGUAUUACCUGACCAUUACAUGAGACAGCUGAAACGAGCUAUUUCAGAGGAGUUUGGAUACCAAGGAGUACCAUUAAAGUUUAUUUUACGUACGACCGCCAAACAAAAAUCGACUAACCGCGUGCACAAUCUUUCGUGGAAACGAAAACUGCACGAUGUAUAA